AUGAGACCUAACCUCGGCGAAAAUUUGGGACUUGGCCCAACUUUUUCAAAGAGUUAGAGGAUAUCAUGUUUAUUAGCUUCUAAUUGGGCUGUGUCAAUAGACCCAAAAGGCUAUUAUAUGAGUGAAAAACUAGAUGGAAUGAGGAUGAUUUGGACAGGAAUGGAGAUGUUCACCAGAAAUGGAUACUCCUUAAAGUUCCCAUCCUACUUUAUUGAAGGAUGGCCCACAACUUAUUUAGAUGGGGAACUAUGGAUAAAUCGAGGGACAUUUAACAAGGUCUUAACAUCUGUCAGAAAGCGAACAGCAGAUCCGAAUGCCUGGAAGAUAAUCAAAUAUAUGGUGUUUGAUGCUCCAUUCCUUCAGGAACCAUUUAGUGAUAGAUAUGCAAAAUUAAAGAAGGCAAUUGAAAAAAUAAAAAAUCCUCAUCUGGUUUAUGUUCCUCAUAAAAUUUGCAGAGGGAAAGAGCAUUUAGCAGAGGAGUUGGCUGAAGUUUAGAAUAUUGGAGGAGAAGGUUUAAUGUUAAGGGAUCCUGAUGCUUUAUAUGAUGGUAUUAGAUCAAAAAGUUUGUUGAAAGUGAAAUCUUCUUUGGAUGCAGAGGCUGUCAUUAUCGAUUAUGUGCAGGACACUCAUAUGAAGAAAGAGAAUGUCUUAGGAGGGUUUUUGGUCCGGAAUGAUGAGGGAUAGGAAUUUGAAGUAGGGUUGGGACUGAAGAUUGGGAUCAAAAAGCAAAGACCUCCGAUUGGUACAAAAAUAACAUAUAAAUAUUGUGGUUUAGCAGAAAAUGGAUAUCCUAAAUUUCCAGAAUUUGUACGAAUAUAUCCUGAAGAUAUUUGAAUAAAUUGUUAUUUUAAAAAUAUAUUGUUUAUUUAUUUAUUGUUUCAUC